GAAGCGAGUCAGUUCGGCACGGAGCGUCGCGCGUCCAAGUGCGUCCCACGCGCUUGUGUCUCCUAGUCGCGCAUCUACGCCACUCGCAAACACGCGGUUCGCGCAAUAAUGCGGUUUCUCUGAAACAUAACACACGAUAUACUCGUGUGAAAUCCGUAUGUGAGGACUAUCCGGUAUUAACGGUUGUAUUUUACGUUUAUUUUGGAUUUUUCAUCGACCUAAAGGGAUUGUUGUGAUACCAAACCAAAAACAAGUGAAUGUUUUAUUAGAAAAUAUAUACAGAAAUUAAGUGGAACGUGGUUUUGGUGUGGUUGUUGUUGUUGUUUGGUGACGAUUUAUUUGGAUAUUGCCGUGCGAAGACGAUGAUGGAAGCGGCGAACACGUGCAGCACGUGCGUACUCCUGCUGGCUGGCUGCAUCUUGCUGCUUGCCGCCGCCGGCCCAGCACACGCUGACUUUGAGAACAGUUGGACGAUGUAUAUGGAGCAGCCGUGUUGUUCCGGUAAUGGGAAUCAUCACGUUAGACAUCACAGAGAUCAUGUGAGGGAGUUUGCCUGCGGCAUGAUGUACUAUCGGACCUUCCACUUGGACGUCAAGAGGGAUUCGUUGUAUGUGGGUGCAAUGGAUCGAGUAUUCAGGCUGAAUCUAAGCAACAUCAACCAGUCCAGUUGCGACAGAGAUGCGCUCAACUUGGAACCAACACAUGUAGCCAACUGCGUAUCGAAAGGAAAAUCAGAGCACUUCGAUUGUCGAAAUCACAUCCGAGUCAUUCAGUCGAUGGGAAACGGCGAGCGACUUUACAUUUGCGGCACGAAUGCACACAACCCGAAGGACUGGGUCAUUUACUCUAAUUUGACACAUCUAAAUCGUCAAAUCUUCGUCCCUGGUAUUGGGGCGGGCAUUGCAAAAUGUCCCUACGACCCCGCUGACAACACUACUGCCGUCUGGGUGGAGCAUGGCAAUCCAGGCGAUCAAGCCGGUCUUUAUUCCGGUACCAACGCUGAAUUCACCAAGGCCGACACGGUCAUCUUCCGUACGGACCUCUACAACCUGACCACUGGACGAAAGGAGUUCACCUUCAAGCGCACACUCAAAUACGACUCGAAAUGGCUCGACAAACCGAACUUUGUUGGUUCUUUCGAAAUCGGCGAGUAUGUCUUCUUCUUCUUCCGUGAGACCGCCGUGGAGUACAUUAACUGCGGUAAGAGCGUCUACUCCCGUGUGGCACGCGUCUGCAAGAAGGAUACUGGCGGCAAGAACAUCCUUUCGCAAAAUUGGGCGACGUACUUGAAGGCGAGACUCAACUGCUCGAUUCCCGGAGAGUUCCCGUUCUAUUUCAAUGAAAUUCAAUCCAUCUACAAAGUGCCCGGCGACGAUAACAAGUUCUACGGUACUUUCACCACCUCCACAAACGGACUGAUGGGCUCCGCCAUCUGCUCCUUUACGCUGGACGACAUUCAAGUAGCGUUCAACGGCAAGUUCAAGGAGCAGGCGACCUCGUCGUCCGCAUGGCUGCCGGUCUUAUCGAGCAAGGUGCCUGAACCACGUCCUGGGACCUGUGUCAACGAUACGGAAACGUUGCCUGACGCUGUUCUGAAUUUCAUCAGGUCACAUCCGCUAAUGGACUCCGCAGUCAUGCACGAACAUGAGAAACCAGUCUUCUUCAAGAGGGAUUUGUUCUUUACCAGAUUAGUGGUGGACAAAAUUAAGGUCGAUAUUGGGGGCGCCGUCCUGGACUAUACUGUUUUCUAUGCCGGAACCAAUGACGGUCGCGUACAUAAAAUCGUACAGUGGACCAAGGAGGAAGAAACUUCGUCGAUUCUCCUUGACGUGUUUGACGUUACGCCUGGUGAGCCAAUUCAAGUGAUGGAAAUCUCUAAGGAGCACAAAGCUUUAUACGUCGCGAGUGAUUUUCGCGUCAAACAGAUUGAUUUAGUGAUGUGUAAUAGGCGGUAUGACAACUGCCUUAGAUGUGUACAUGAUCCCUAUUGUGGAUGGGACAAGGACAAUAAUGUUUGCAAACCUUAUUCGCCCGGUUUGCUGCAAGAUGUUUCCAAUAGCACAAUCGACGUUUGCGAUAGUAGCGUGGUGAAAAAGAAAAUGGUCGUUACCUGGGGCCAAAGUCUUCAUCUCGGGUGUUUCCUGAAAAUGCCCGCUGUACUUGCUUCGCAAACAAUUACAUGGUAUCACUAUUCCAAGGAGAAAGGACGCUAUAAGAUUGUAUUCAGGCCAGAUAAAUAUAUCGAAACUUCCGAGCAUGGUUUGGUGAUCAUUGCCGUGACAGAAGCAGAUGCUGGCCGAUACGACUGUUGGAUGGGGGCAUCUCUGCUUUGUUCGUACAACGUAACUGUAGAUGCCCACCGCUGCUCGCCGCCCGCAAAGAGCAACGACUAUCAGAAGAUUUACUCAGAUUGGUGCCACGAGUUUGAGAAGUACAAGAGUGCUAUGAAGACCUGGGAAAGAAAGCAAGCGCAAUGUGCGUCAAGACACAACGACAGCAACCAGAACAGCCACCCAAAUGAUAUCAUACGGCCUGUAGUCUGAUAGCUUAUUAGACAUGGUCCGCUCGCAUUGACAUACCUAGGAAUACCGAUCUACUGGACGCGUGUGCUAUUCGUGUAAAUAGUGUAUCUUCCCAUCCACAACGUAAAACGAAACACUCGACAUUUUGGAACAUUGAAUAUUUGUCAAAUCAUAGUGAAUAUUGAAAAACGAACUGAACGUGUUCAGCGAUUGGGAAACUAAGAGGAUGAUAUUCGGUGCAAAACCGGAAAUGGGCGGAUGCAUGCACUUUGGAACAUUAAUAAAUUGUAACGUUUACGUCGAGUGACGAAAGCACCGGGUGGGACUGUUAGAAAUUUGUCGAAUUGUGAAUUGGUCGCGAAACAAUUGACUGAAAUACAUGUAGUUUUACGUUUCCUGUUAUGUUAUAAUUAACUUUUAAGAUAAUUGAUAAGAUAAAUAAACAUCAAUGAUCACGAACCAUACCAACAAAACAUCUCGCUACGAGAAUUUAAGAAAGCGGAUGUAAUUUUGUGGAACGACACAUGUUUUAUGCGAAAAGCGGUUAUUUUUAAACAAUAAACAAAGGAAGAGGAUAAAACCUAGAUUUAAACAUAACAUAUUACAAGAUAUAUAAAUGAAUAAUCGACUUAUAAACGAUAUAUAACACAAAAUACCUAUUCAUAUAAACAUGAAAAAUAUAAAAUAAUUAAAUUGUAGGUCUGUGAUAUACAUGUGUCGUAAUGAUGUGAGAUGAUAAACGUGUUUGAUUUCAUUUUGUUGCAGACUUGUUUUGAGACGCGAAACAAUCAUAAGUUUGAUUUUUGUACAAAAAGAAAAAUGAUGUUAAAUUUAAAUGAAUUGGUGGAUAUUAACGAUAGAUAUAUUCAAACAUGAGCAAAAUAAACAAGGAAACAAAGGAAAAACUAAUAAAAAUUACAUUGGACCAAAAUAAUGGAAAUGGUUAUUAAUUAUAUUUGCAUUGCAAAAAGAUAAUGAUAAUGAUUUACGUACGACGAAACCAAUUCAAUGCUUGUUUGGGCUUGUUUCGUCGGCAUGAUGAAUCAUGCUAUAAUAAAAACAUAAAAAUAUAUAAAGAAUUUUAGCGCGUAUGAAAAGCAAUACUUUCCGCUUGCAAUGUCUUGGUCCCUUUCACACACCUCUUAAAAUUUAACAUAACGUAGAUCUAAGCAAAUCAUUUGGUAUUGUACUUGAAUUAAUUUAUUGAUUGUGUAUAUACAGUUUUUCAUGCGGAUUACUCACACGAAACACUCUGACAUUAACCGCCUGCCAUAACGCUGAAGGCUGGAAAUCAGCGUGAUUGUUGAACGUUGGAAGUUGCCAAACUUGUUAUGCUUUGAGGUAUAUGUUUGAUUGUUGUUUUUUUUUGUGCUGCGCCAGCGUAAUGGCAGCCGGUUGCGAAUUUCAUAGAGUCUCAUCAGACAAUCAUCCAAUCACUCAAAUACCUUCAAAGUGCGAAUGGAAAUUCUAGCGAGUCUCAUUUCACGUCAUGUUAACUUAAACUUCACGAAAUGUCGGAAUAUCUUAAACGUUUUGACGUAUCUUCUUUCUAUAGUGGAUAAGCUAACGUUAAUUUCGUUAAAAACUACAUUUAUCUUGUAAAUACCUAUGUAUAGUUAUUUAUAAACGAAGAGUAAACCGAAUUGUAAGGCGCAAAACUGAGUUCCAUUUCGUUGAGUUUGUUUUUAAUAUGUUUAAACCGAAACUUAUUUUAUUCUAAACAUCUGUAAACAUAGAAUACAUAUCUUGAUCACUUGCGGAUAAUUCGUAAUUUAAUCAUGUUUGUAAUAUGUGUCGUUUAGCCAUUGAUUGAGUUAGAUUUUAAGUUUUUACUUUUGUACAACUUUAUGUUUUAGAUCAAAAUUAUACUAAAAAUGUAAAAAGGGCAGCUUAAAUCGAAUUGCUUCUAUGAAGCAAUCAAUUCAUUGUAGUGAAUUAGUUUAUAUUUGAUUAAUUCACUUUAUUUGCCAUUCAGUUAUGAUAAAAUAUUUAUUGUAAACGUAUACUUAUCAUAUAUGCUUUGAAACACGUGUUAGUUUCUUUUUUAGAUAAACUAGUUUCAUAUAUAUAGAAAGUAACGCGUGAUUCUAAUACUGUAAUUUGAAUUAUCCCAAACGAGUUUAAUUUUAUUUUAAGUUAUUACAUACAUUUCUACAUCAACUCUAAUGUUUGUCAUUUUCCUUUUACAAAAAUAAUUGCGUUAACAGUACUACUCUAUAAUUAAUGACUUGUUCACGGUUUGUAAAUACGUUACAAUAACUAAGAAUAUUCUUACUGACUAAUUGCCAUUGAUGUGCGAAUCAUUAAUGGUUUUACAUAGUGUAGAGACGAAAACCUCCCAUUGUAUAUUGUAAUACAUUAAUGCUACAUUAAUUGCUCUUUGAAAUGAGAUCUAUUCAUUAAUAUUGAAUAAAAAAUAGAUAAAUAA